AUGACCUACCUGGACCCCCGACCAGCCGCGCAGCAACACGACCAGCUGCUGCGGCCAGGAUACCAUCCUGGGGUCGACUCCCUCCCCGGACCAGAGCUAGACCGACCACAAUUUCGGGAACUGUUCCCGUCCCAAAGAGGGAACGUUUUGCGGAAAUUGUGGCCGGCGGUGGGGAACGACAUCCCUCCACCGAGACCUCGACCGACCACCAGCCGACGGAGUGGGUGGGACGAAGUGGACAGACCAGCGUCCACUUCUUCCGGGUCCGGUUGGGACCAGAACUCCACACACGAGCCCCGCCAUCAAGACCAGGCAACCCAGCUGAGCUCGGACCCUCGGGAGACGGAGGACCCUCCACCGUCCUACCAGGAGGCAACCCAGGGCCGAGCUCCAUACCAGGAAAGGCCACCGAGGGAGAGGCCAACGGCUGACACCGGAGCGAUACCCCGCGCCGGACCCUCCGCUUCUUCCGCCAGGCCAUCGGCGGAGGAGCGGGCGAGGGAACUGCUCCGGAGGUCGCACAACCGUGGGACCUCCGACGAUGAAGAGGACGACCGAGACCUACGCCUGAGGGAGUUCCAACAACUUCAGCGUGCCCUCCAAGAGAUGGAGGAAGUGGAGAGGCGCGAUCGCUCCCGCAGGCAAAUAUCAAUUUAAAAUCAAAUCUCAUUACAAGAUGCUAAUUCACCAAUUAUAGAAAAUAUAAUUAUAUUUUAUGAUCAUGCAAUAUUAAUUGUUAUAUUGAUUUUAACUUUAAUUAUAUACAUAUUAUAUCAUAUAUUAACUAAUAAAUUUAUUAAUCGAUUUUUAUUUGAAGGUCAAAUAAUUGAAAUAAUUUGAACAAUUAUUCCUAUAUUUUUUUUAAUUUUUAUUGCAAUUCCUUCAUUAAAAAUUUUAUAUUUAACUGAUGAAAUCAAUAGUCCUCAAUUUUCUAUUAAAUGUAUUGGUCAUCAAUGAUAUUGAAGUUAUGAAUAUAAUGAUUUUUAUAAUAUUAAUUUUGAUUCAUUUAUAAUUAAAGAUUAUGAAAAUUCAAAUUUUCGAUUAUUAGAUGUUGAUAAUAAUAUAAUCUUACCUAUUAAUACUCAAAUACGAUUAUUAAUUACAUCACUUGAUGUAAUUCAUUCUUUUGCAAUGCCUUCUAUGGGUAUUAAAGUUGAUGCAAUUCCUGGUCGAAUUAAUCAAAUUAAUCUAAUGAUUAACCGACCUGGUUUAUAUUAUGGACAAUGUUCAGAAAUUUGUGGAGUUAAUCAUAGAUUUAUACCAAUUGUAAUUGAAAGAACAUCAUUAAAUUUAUUUAUAAAUUGAUUAAAAGCUUAUUAAUCAAUUGAAGUAUGUAUUAAUAUACUAUAUUUUGAUUUAAAAAUCAAAUCUUAAAUUUAAGAUAUCAAUUGAUAAAAAAUUAGUUAAAUUAUAACAUUAAUUUGUCAAAUUAAAAUUAUUAUUUUAUAAUAUUUUUUUAUUCCUUA